GCACCAGCCUUAUCCUGGGUCACACGGACUCCUUUUAGCAAGUCAGUCAGUUGGACCAUACAAUGGAUGGAAGUCUAUGUGGAUUUAAGUGGAAUAGUGCACUGGUGCUACAGUAUAGGUCAGAGUUCACUAGCGUGCACUGGACUCAUCAGGGGAAGACAGAAGACACGUUGGUCCACAAACCAGCAGGGACACAGUCCCAUUGAUGCUGUGGAAUCUUGAAGAAUGAUGAGCUCCAAAGAAGAGGAAACUCUCCGUUUUUUGCAGUAUGUUGAGGAGAAUGGGCUGAGAGCCUACAAUGGCCUGGUAGCUCAGAACUUGGACCACGCCAGGAAUGAGAGAAAUAGGACAUUCCUGCAGGAGAAAAACGACAAGAAGAGAAAACAGGAGGAAGCCAUAAGGAGGACGGGUGAGGACAUAGCAACUGAAGGCAAGCACUUACGUAUGGGCUCCAUUACCAUGCCGGACCCCCAGGAACGCAUGCCCUUACCCCACCCGCAUGCCCUCGCCUGUGGGCAGGGCUUCUCCGUACGCUCCCAGUCCCUCCACUCUGUCGGUGGUGGGAACAGUGGGGGUGGAGGAGAGGAGGAAGUGGGAAGCCCAACCUCUAGAAAGCAGCCCCCACCCAAGCCCAGGAGGGACCCAGCCACCAAGCUGAGCAUGUCGUCUGAGGCGGUGGACCACAAUCCCAUGUCCACCUGCCGUGGGGAGAGAUGUGACGGUGAGUUGUGCGACUCAGCUCAAGGAUGCAGUGAGGACUGCAGGAGGGUGCCACCACCCAAACCUAAGAGGAAUCCCAACACACAACUGAGUGUUUCCUUCGAUGAGUCCUACAUCAAGAGCCAUGGAGGCAACGGGGUCUGCCCCUCCAAACCCCUCCACCACGUCGCCUCCCCCUGCGAACGCAACCCCUCGCCUCCACAGAGUGAUGAGAGCCCUACAGACGACUGUGAAGAUGAACCUGUCUACAUAGAGAUGGGUGGGAUUGAUGUCGGAGCACGAGAACCCCUGAAGAGUGAGGAUGAGGAGCCGGGAGAGUCUGUGUACGAGGAGAUGAAGUACCCAGCUCUGGAUGAUAUGGAGUACCGCACUGACCCUGUAGGGUGUCGCUCCGCAUGCCCAACCCCGGCACCCUAUGACCCUGAACCUCUCAGUCGCUGCUCCACACCUCGAAACAUUCCCCUCUGUGAAAUUCCUGCACCCUUUCCCAAUUUACUCACCCAUCGACCUCCACUACUGGUGUUUCCACCGGCGCCAGCCCAGUGCUCGCCCAACUCAGAUGAGUCUCCCCUCACCCCUCUAGAUGUAACCAAAUUGCCCAUGCUGGAGAACCAAUCCUACAGCAAAUCCCCAACAUCCUCCACCGAGCCACCCUCCUCUGCACACAUCCGCAGGGAGCUCACUGCCACGCCAACCCUCACCGUAUCUGGGCGCUCCUCUGCGCCUCCUCUACCCUGUACCCUCUACAAAUCCUCCUCCUCAUCCUCUUAUCAGCGCAGCCACUCUGCUUGCCCAUCGCCGGUCAGCAUGGGCCGCUGUCUCACCCCCCUGAGCCUCAUGCGUACACCUCCCUUUGACGCUUCAAUGCCAUUCCCUGGGGGUCUGCCCCGGAGCGCGUCCGCCACCCCUCAUGGCAAAGGCUCGCCACCUCAAGACGGUGUGGGUCGACUCCAUGGCUCUAUGCAGAAUGUGUCAACAGGGAGGUCACGGACACCCACCAGCCCAUUGGACGAACUAACCAACCUAUUCACCACUGGCAGAAACAUGCUGAAGAAAAACACCAGUGGCAGGAAGUCUAAAGAGCCUGGAGAGACCGAGUCCAAAAGCAAGUCUCACAGUGAAUCCAAACGCGAAGGUAAGGAGCGCCACAGUCACAGCAAGGAUUCCAAGCGAGACUCCAAGGAUCGGCACAGCAAAGAGUCUUCUCAUCGGAGAGACAGAGACAAAGACAAAGACAGAGAUAAAGACAAAGACAAAGACAGAGACAAAGACAAAGACAAAGAAAGAGUAGAGGCACUGCCGCACAGACGCAACAGUAAAGACCGUACGGUUAGUGGUGUAGAUGCACCACCUGUUCGCAGGGAUAGCAGGGACCAGUGCUACAGCAGUGUAGAGCACAUCCCGUUGAUAAGAAGAGACUCCAAGGACAGAGGGAUCAGCAAUGGUGACCUGAUGCCAAGGAGAGACAGCAAAGAUCGGAGUGGGGGACACGGAAUGGAGUCUUUGCUGAGACAGGACAGCAAAGACAGGGACAGACUGCUAGAUCAGCCACCUGAGCUGUUACCAAGACAAGACAGCAAGGAAAAGGCAAGGAACAGUGUAGAAUGUAGACAUGAAAGCAGAGAGAGACUGCUGGAUCAGCCACCUGAGCUCUUACCACGACAGGAUAGCAAAGAGAGAACCAGGAACGGCGUGGAGUCAAAGCAUGAGAGUAGAGACAGGCCACCUGAGCUUCUACCUCGACAAGAAAGCAAAGAUAGAGCUAGAACCGGAGCAGAAUACAGGCAUGAGAGCAAAGACCAUCGUCCUGAUUUGUUACCCCGACAGGAUAGCAAAGAGAGAAUAAGGAAUGACACAGAAUAUAGACACGAAGGUAGAAUAGACCAGCCGCCUGAGAUCCUACCCCGACAAGAAACUUCCAGAAGCAGCAAUAGCAAGGACAGGGUUGGCUACAGCUCUGAAUCCAAGCUUGAGGGGAGAGAUCGGAGCUGCCACAACGGAGAUCUUCCUCCUCCUCCUCUACCCAGACAAGACAGUAAAGAUCUGAGCAGAACUGGGCUUGAAGUGAGACGGGACAGCAAAGACAGAAGUCUGAAUGGCUCAGAGCAGCAUCACUGUGAUGUCAAGAGCACAAAGAGCCCUUCUGCUAUGGAGUAUAGGUGUGAUAGUAAAGAACGAGGAUACAGAUCAGAUGGUACGCCCAGACGAGAUAACAGAGCACAUUACAACAUGGACCAAUCGAAAGCACAUGAGAGGAAUGGCAGCACAAUGUCAGGGCAGCAUUCAUCCACAACAACACCUACUCACCAUGGGAGAUCAUCUGGUAGUCCACCAAUGACCACGGGAACAGGAAAUGAUCUGAAAGCAGCACCUAAGUAUGGCCGCUCACCUUCUAUGCCUGCUAACCCCUCCCCAGUGGGAACUCCACAAAGGAGAGCAGCAGAGACACAUCAAAGUCAGAUGCCCCAGAUGCCAUGGAUCUGUGGAGAUACCACCAUGCUAGAACAGAUCGAGAGGAAACGCACCCUCUGCAUGGAAAUCCGCUCCAGACAACAUCCACACCUGCAGAAAUUUCUGGAGAGGCCUCCUCCUCCGGACAGGAACGAGGACAGGCACCAGGAGCGGAGUCAGUGUAAACAAGAAAGUGCAUCUGUCCUCCCGGGCUGGGGGAAAAGCAGUGGGGCCAAAAAGAUCCGUCCUCCCCCUUACCCUACACAGACAACCGUGUUCUGGGACACGGCCAUCUGACAGUAACAACGCAUUUACACCUCCCCGCCACACAACCCCUGAUUACCCACUCCAUCUUUCCUCUGGGUUGUGCUGAUUCUUCCCUGCAACAUCAGGGGCAUCAGGACAGCCAAUAAGAGCACCAGGGGGAUGAUACUCGCUGAUGUCAAAGGACAAUGGUGGUUACCAUAGCAAUAUUUCUGCUCGUUCAGGUUGUCAUGUUUUCUUAUCAUCACUGGUAAUAUUUGAUAUUUUUCUAUUUCCUGUGAUUGGAUUCUUGUAAUAUAAUUAGUAGAAUAGAUAUUUGAUGAAUAGAUAUUUUCUAAAUGAGAUGGGGAUUAAAAAGCAUCUUAAAUUAUGUAUAGUAGAUGUAGAUGCAAUCUAAUGUUUGUUUUUAUGUUAUUUUUGUUUUGGUUAUUUUACAUUUUAAAGCAUAAUCUAUCAAUACUUGUACUGUAGUAGCAUAAUUUUCUUAUGCCCAGCUCUUUUUGUUUUGUGCCCAAAGCACUAAAAUGAAUGGACUAUUCAAUUCUGUCUAUACUUUACAUCACUGUUGUAUUGUAAGUUAAGGAGUUAACGUCAACGUGCUUUAGAUUCCAGCGCCCUCCAUGCCUGGUCCAGUAUGUUCUAGAAUGUACAACAGUUGCUUCUAGAACAGAAACAGGAAACUUUGUGUGCUUCAGUUUGUAUAUUACAGUAUGAAACUGUGUAGUCACUACGUCAAAGCCUUUCGAAGUGGUUGAAUCGUUUUUUAGGAAAACCUGUUGGCUGGCAUGUUUUAGGGGGCGGGGAAAGUGUGAAAUGUUUCUGUUGUAUUCAAAGAUACACUAUGAGGGUGUGUUGGGGAGGUAGUAAAUUAGAACAUACAUUAUUAACUGUAUAAUUUCCAAAACCAGCCAAAGCCUGUUAAAGCGAGAUAUGGGUGAGGUUGCACUUUGGACAGUUGGUUAUUUAAAAUGGGGUUGGGGGCAAUAGCUGGCGAGUACCAGCGCCCUUACUUUGCUGUGCACACUGCGAGCACCAUGACACCAGUGUAAAUACUUGAUGCCAACCAGCCCGUACAAUCAACACCUGAGCUUUUAGAACAUUUCUUAAUUUUACUGCAGAUUAUAAUAGCCAUAUGCACUUGCUUAAGGAAUAACUUUCAAGAUUAUGCUUAUAUAUAUAUUUUUGAAAAUGUUGGUAGCUGUGCCAUGUAAGUUUGAAUUUAUUGGCGGAGAGAUAAAGCCUCAGGAGGCUGGCUGUGUGUGACAUGCAGUCAUCCAUGAUUGGUUGCCUCUGACAAUACUCCCAAUUCAAUUGGCUGGCAACCACUUUAGUGAUCAAAUCAUUUAAGGACCUAUAACAUGGCAACAGCUCUACCUAGUCAAGCAGACAGGGGUUGCACAAGAGCCUACAAAUCUUUGAGGCUUUGUAAAAAAAAAAAAAAAAAAAAAAAAAAAAUUAGUAAAAGAAACUGCACUACCCAUCAUAUUCCAUUACAUAUAAUCAGGCUGAUUACAUACAGGUCCCUCUCCCCCUGCUCUCUCCCUCUACCUCAGCCUCCUUCUUACAUCAUCUAAAUCAGUUCUCUUUAGCACAUUAAAAUACAAUGUUGAUAUUGCCAAAAUAGUAUGGGUUUGACAAAUGACCAAGCCCUCAGAUUGGAGUAAAAGUGCAGUACCCCCAUCUCUGGUGAGAAUCAAUGCUACAGAGGUCUCUCUGUGUUGUACCUGUAUGUGUGCGUGAGGGAGAGAGCUGUGUGUGUUUGUGUGUGCCAAGCUACACUGUGUGCAAGUUGAAUCUUUAAAAAUGAUUGUUUUAAGACAUUCACUUUACCCUAUCCAUGAUGUUUGGUGGGUGGAGGUUGGAAAUGUAAUACUGAUGAUGUACAAUCUUUUUGUGUGUAUAAAUGUGCACUGUGAAAAGGUAGAGAGAGCACCGCACUGUCAGAGUCCUCUGUCUUAUUGCACUGAGUGUUCUCUUGUUUUUGCGUAUUAAAAAAAGAAAAGGAAAAAACAUGUUUGAGGAUAAAAGUACUGUAUUCUGAUUGUCACUUGGGU